AUGCCCAACCGCGAGGCUGCAGAAUUGGACAGGAUUGGCGAUGUAAAUGCAAAAAUUGCGGAGCUAAAGAAACGUAUACUAUUAGCAGAGGGCCAGAAGACAGCCAACGCAGCCGAAUGGCAGAAGCAGAAUCGCAUAAAUCGUGAUACCAUCACGACACUGAAGAAGGAAAUCAAAGAGCUAACCAACAAAUGUGGUCAGUUGCGGAAUCCUCUACAGCGUGCUGUCAUCAUUAAAGAAGAGCCACCCACAGCAGAAGUGCGCAAAGCAAGCAGUGCCACCACCACCGCCAUAGCUGUGGGGAAAAUGAGUUACCCUAUUGGUGCGCGAAGUGUAGAUGAUGCAAUUUUUCUGACCGAUUUAAAAAUAACCGAACAACGCAAGCAAUUGGAUCUGCUGCGACAUCGCUUCAAAUGCCGGAAAGAGCGUUUAGCCAAGCUGGUGCAGCAAUACCGCGAGCUGAAUACAGCCAAAGCGGCACAAGCACAAAAUAUGGGCGAGAAGCCGCCGGAGACUUUGGAGGAGGAUGCAAACAGAAAGUUAGUCUGCCAGCUGGAGAAUGAGAUACAUCGCACCAAUGUGCAGUGGAUGGAAGCGGAACAUAUACGCAAGAAGUAUCGCUCUAUUGAGGGUUCGCUGAUGAAUGACGCUGAACGCUUCGAGCGUAGUCUACGCGAGUUGGAAGCAGCACUCAGUGAGCAACAAGCAGAGAUCGAUAGGUUGCAGCAAGUGCACAAUGAGGCCAUAGAGAUGCGCGAUGCCGCUAAAGCUAUACUCCAACGCCAGGAACAACAGGCGCAUCUCUCACAGAAGACACGCGAGCGUCAAGCUGUUGAUUUUCGUAGGCAAGUGGAAGCACGUAAAAUGGAGCUGGAGCGCAUUGGACGGAAAUUAUUUGUUGAAAACAAAACACUUGUGCAUCAGGACAGUCUCGGCUCGAGCUCCGGUGAUCAACUCACAGCGAAAACCGAAACUGAAGUGGAUGAGACAACAGAGCUGCAAAACUUAACUAACGAAAUGGAGAAUCUCUUCAAGCACCUAAUGGAAGUGAGUGGUGCGACCACACCCGCCGAGGUCUAUGACCGCUUUUGUUCACAAAAAGAAUCUUCCGUGCGGCUAUCAUACUUACGAAAUGCGGCAGAGAAAGAGAAGACUCAAUUGGAAGAACAAAGAGAGCAGCUAUCACUCUCACUGGAGGCAAUGAAGUUCUCGGAUGUCAAGGAGAGUGAGGUUAAUCAAGAGGUGAUUGAGCAAAUUAAGACCAAAAUUGCAGACCUAGAGAUAGAACAACAAAAGAGCACUGAGGACUCCGAGCAUACUCAAAUUGUUUUGAAAUUUAUCAGAGAGCAUUUGAGCGAAAUGAUUUAUAAGCUACAAGAAGUGGAUGAGAGUCAUAUAAAUCUGAAGGCGAAAGGCUUGUAUAUACACGUGGAGAAUUUGCCAAAGUUUUUGGCCAACGAGGCACAGGAUGAUGACUUUAUAGAAAUUUUGAAAUUUAAGCUGCAGCGUUGUCAGGAGCUGUGCAAGCCCGCAGAACUUGCUCUAACGGAAGUGCCGAAAUUGGAGCUUGAGAGCGAUGAACUCUAUCCAUCGAUAGAGCCACCCACCCAGGUGCCCACCGUGGCCGAGAGUGAGAAGCCACAACCAAUGCCGCUGUGUUAUUACAAUCUGCUGGCAGGACGCGCUCAACGUGCGGCUGGCACUUCGUCCUCUUCACCUGAGCAGGCACCGGCUGCAGCUGCUGCGCCUGAUGAGGAGAGUGAGGUGCCCACACGUCAAUACCUGAAGCGGCAGUCUGUGCUCAUUGUGGAUUCCAAGUCGAGGCGUAAACCUUUUCGGCCGACGCCUGUUGGUAGAAAGAAAUAA